ACUCCAUUUUUCAGUUCUUCACCUCCGCCACCUACUCAUCAUUUCCCGGGGGAAAAAAUAUGGCAUUCGCAAGCAACCCCUUAUCUCUAAGCGUCCCCGAGCAAGCCUUCGAGACAUGGCUCCGCGACUCCGGCUACCUCGAAAUCCUCGACCACCGCACAACCCAACUCCACAACCUCAAUUCCUCCACACCCACCACCGUCAAAACCGCCACCACCACCGCACCAACCUCCACCACAGCAACCACUACCACACCCACAAUCACCAACCUCAGAAGAACCCCAACGUCCACAAUCACAGCCAUAGCUUAUGGCCUUACCAUGUCUCUCCUUUCUUCUUUUGCCAUCAUUUUCUCUCUCCUCACUCUAAACCCCUUUGCCAAACUCACCUCCUCUGACUUUUCAUCGCAAAAUUCACCAUCUUGGACUUCUUCUGGGUUUCUGGGUUCUUCUGAUUCUUACUCUUUUCCGUCUUCUUCUACCCAGGCAAAGAUGCGUGUUCAUGAGAAUGUUAAGCGUUUUGCCAAGAAUUAUGCUACUCUAUUGAUUCUCUUCUUCGCAUGUUCUUUGUAUCAAAUGCCACUUGCUUUGGUUGGGUUGGUAUCAUGUUUAGCAAUGUGGGAAUUGUUCAGGUUUUGUGACAAUAGAUGGGCACUUGAUAGGUUUUCUGCCAUUCGUCCAGUUGUGAUUCGCAUAGCUCAAUUUGGUGUUGCAGUCAUUUUAUUCUGGGCCAAUGUUCAGUUGGCUGUCUUCUGCACUCUUGGAGUUGGUUACACAGCUAUGAUGUUACAUGCUUCUUUUCGCAAGCUGACUCCUGCAAAACAACUUUCCAAAGGAAGAGGGAGAUGAGGAUCUUGUCACUGGGCACUGUUGGAUAGUUUCGUGUUCUUCUUGUUAAGCAUAUUUGUAUAUAAAUGCUUCGAAAUUUUGAAGCUCCCAAUUUUGGCAUCUUGAGAAUUAGGUGGUCAUUCACCUGUAGUUCUGUAGAGCUCUGAUUUUUGCUGAAUUCAGUAAUAAUGUCGAUGAACGACAUGGCUAAUUACAUUAUUUCUUGAAUUUUCUUUUUUAAGGUUCCUAAAUGUUGAGGCUGCUAUUUUGCCAUUUUAGGGUUAAUGUUAUUGGUUUUAGGUCA